GCAGCUUCUUGGUCUCCGCUAGGACUGUGCCAGGAACUUUGGAGUUGAUUGCAGGCUUGCAGAGAACGGAUCCACCAAAUCCCCAGACCAUGGCCACUGGGAAUCCCAAUGCCUCCCCCACAGUAACUGAGACUGAAGACAACGAGAUGGAGUUGUUGACUGAAGAGCCCAGAGGAGCUGAGGAGGACUCCACAGCUGAAACGCCGCGCAAGCGAAGGAGGAGAGAAGACAAGUACCAAGUCUUUGAAUCAAGGGAGAAAGAGAUCCUGAAGAAGUAUGAAAAGCUGGAAUCCAAGACAAGGAAGGUUCUCAGCACAACAUACGAUAAAUUGUUUGCUGUUUUGUCCCAGGACACGAUGCUAGAUGGAGUGAACUAUCUCAAGGAGCGACUGAUCACCUUGAAAAAAAAGUGUUCCUUGGACCCCAUUUUCAUUGGUUUUCUGGGCCGUACAGGAGCUGGGAAGACCUCCCUGCUCAAUGCCAUUAUAGGGAAGAAGCUGUUCAUGCCAGUAUCUGGGGAAAAAGCUUGUACUUCAUGCAUCGUGCAGGUGAAGAAAAGUAAGAGUGAGUUCUACGAGGCUGUAAUUCACCUUCUCACAAAAGAGGAAUGGAGUAGUGAGUUGAAGGACCUUGUGGAGGUUUUGAGCAAGAAUGGGGAUGACGAUGAAGGUUCCUCUCACGAGAGUGUAAGCGAUGCCAAGGAUAAGCUCUGUGCGCUUUAUGGGGCUGGAGCUGACCAGAAAAGUUAUGAAGAAUUGUUGAAGGCAAAACUUGUGACGACUAUUCCUGCCAAAAGAACCAUCUCAAUUAAGGAGAAGGAGGUGACUACAUUCUCCGAAAAACUGGGACCUUACAUUUGUGUGAAGGAAAACCAUUCUUUUGAAGCCUGGCCACUAAUCAAGUACGUGGAAUUGGACAUUCCAGCAUCGGACUUGGUUCCUGAAGGCAUCACGUUUGUGGACAUUCCUGGGACAGGAGACUUUAACAAGAAAAGAGAUGAAAUGUGGAAAGAGAAUAUUGAUAAAUGUUCAGUCAUCUGGGUUAUCGCUGACGUUGUGCGCAUUGAAGGAGAGAAAGUCCAAGAAGCAUUGCUGGAGGAAAGCAUCAAGGCAUAUAUAGGAGGAAUCUGCACUGACAUUGCCAUGGUGGUCACCAAAACGGAUAUUCUGGAACUUGAUGAAUAUAGGAGGAAUAGAACAAAUAAUAAUACUCCCAUCGAGAAUAAACACGAUGCCAUUUUAGAGAGGAACCAAGAUGUGAAGAAGAAGAAGGAGAGAAGUAUUAGGGAGAAGCUGAAGAGAAAGCUUCCACCUGACGCAGAUGUCUUGAAUAAGGAUGAUCUGGUUUAUACUGUCAGUGCCAAGCAAUUUUGGAAAAGAAAACAUCUCAGCGAAGAAGAAACAGAAAUACCAAAGCUGCGGGAAUACAUCAGGAGGAUCUAUCUGAAGGAGAAGGAGAGGCUGGUGACAGAUUAUGUGACGGAAACUUUGGGAAUUCACCUGCUUACUGAGAACAUUGGUUCUGAACAACAGCUUGUGGAGCGGCAUUUUCAGGAGAGUGGAGUCGAACAGUUUGUGAAUGAGAAGAUCGACGCUUUGGGGGAGAAACUUGAAAGUCUUUUCACUCAGAUGAAACAGCCCCUCUGUGAUGGAGUGACCAGGGCCAGAAGAUCCUAUAAGAAAAUUCUUGAGGAGAAGCUCACAAGAAAUGGAGGGAACCAAGGUUUCCACAAGGUCCUAAAGGCGGUGUGCUUGAAGAAUGGUGUGUACGCUUCAAGGACGUUUGCCCGCAUAGAUUUCAAUGAAGACCUUGCCAGGCCCAUCUAUGAUAAUGUUGAGAACAUAUUUGGAAACAUAUUUAGGAUCCAAAAAGGAACAAGAUGCAAUCUGUGGCCUCAUUUGGAAGGGUUUAAAAAUGAGGUGCAGGAGAAGAUCAGUCAGAUUGCAAGAAACAACAAAAUACCUGAAGACAAUGGAAAAAUUAAAGCUUUCAUUCAUGAAACAAAUGUCAUCAUGACGAAACUAAGAGCAGAGAUUCUUCAGCAGAAGAUAGUUAUCUACCAGAGCCUUCGAAAAUACAUCCAAUUUGAUCUGAUGCCCUAUUAUGAAGAGGCCUCAACCAUAAGGGGCCCGGGAGCCUGUGAUCAGAUGAAAACCAUCCUCAGGGACAACAUUGACAGAGAGGUCAAGAAGGAGAUGUUUGAGAACGCCAAAAAAAAAAUGGAGAGCUGUUUCCUCGAACUGAAGGAGGAGAUCAUGACGACGCUGAAAAAGGAAACUUCCAUUGUGCUCAAACUGCUCUUGCUGCAUCAGGACCAGCUGGCUGUGAAGUUACCAGAUAUUGCGAACGAGUGCAGAGCUAUCAAGCAGCUCCAUAACAUGUUAUAGAAUUUCUACCUAUAAAGCAGAAAGUAUGUGUGUGUCAUAUAUGUCCAUAAAUGUUUACCCACUUCCAGAUGAGUUGGAAACUUGUCACGGUGAUAGGUCUGGCUGUGUCAUGUACCAGAAAAAUCUAAACACAUGAAUUUUGGGAUUUUAAGUAUUUUUAAAGAAUUUAAUAAAAACCUAGUUUUUUGCCUACAACUCCCAGCAUGCCUUGGGUGGGAGGCCAGACUUACCAGUCUUUGGUAGCCAUUGUGAGUGCAUGGGAAGGUUGCCGCUGCAUGUCUUACACAACCCUGAUUUCUAAGGUUGGUCUCCAGCAGUCAGCCCAAUUCCACAUAAAGGGAAACAACCCACAUAAAUGGGCUGUGUCUGUUUGCGAUGCCUCCUCCCACCCUCUGCGUGGUUUUAAAAUCACAACUAGAUACAACAGCGUGACUUUGAGGGGUCGAACAUGCUCAAAGGCACUCCAUCCUGAUAUCGCUGUUUUCUCAGGGUCUGGGGGGAGCAAGUGUGCAGCCGUUGACCUUAAGAGGGAGUGAGGAAGGGGAGCACGCUGUCUGGCAGGACUUGGCCAGAGCUGGGUGCAUCCGCUGACAGCCACUUAUCUCCCCUUCUUGGCGAUGCUACUGCUCAAUGCUCUAUCAAGGAGCAGCAUCAGCAACAAGAGGAUGUCUCAGAGGACGCGAGGACUUGCGGGUUGCCAAAGGCAUGCUGGGAGGUGUAGUACUGGCAUGUAGAGUGGCUGAUUUAAAAUAAAGCAUGUGUGAGCAAACCAGGUCACUAUCUCUCAAUCCUAACUCAGCUCCCUCUUCCCUGACCUCUCAGUACUGUAACUACCUUUGUUCUCCUUUCUCCAACUGCCUUUCCCCAACUGCCACUCACCCCGCCCACCAUUCCAUUCUAGCCUCAGCUGUCAGUCAUUCCUCCAUUCACUCUUCUGUUUCAAUGGUAUAGUCAGGCUUUUGCAUCAUAUUCAUAGAAUCAUAGAAUAGCAGAGUUGGAAGGGACCUACAAGGCCAUCGAGUCCAACCCCCCUGCUCAAUGCAGGAAUCCGCCCUAAAGCAUCCCUGACAGAGGGUUGUCCAGCUGCCUCUUGAAUGUCAUCUGCAUCCUUGCCUCGCUCUGGAGAAUUAAGUCGGGGUAAGCACCUAACUUUUUUACCCCGCAGCUUUGGUGGGAAGCCCUGGGGUGGGUAUGCGAUCGCAGCGGCAUCAUAGAAUUGAUGCCACGCCACUGCACACCCACCCCAGGGCUUUCCAAAUGUUUCGACGUCUAGGAAAGGAACUUGCUUAGCUUGGAAUUGGUACAUUUCUAGUAUUCUUCCUUCUUUCGUUUGCUAAGUCUGCUACAGGUUUCAAUAAACACACACACACACACACACACACACACACUCCUGAAGAAAGUCUAUGAAACAUCGAGCCAUGUGUUAUGCUUUUGUAUGUUCCUGCUUCUAUAGCUUGCUAUUUUGUAUUUGAAAUUUUUAAUAAAAAUCUA